UUAUCCAAGAUGGCGGCGUUCUUGGCAGUUCCGUUGAAAAAGACCUAUGAUGUUGAUCUUGUAAAACCUCUCAGAAGUUUCAUUCAAAACACCUUUUCGUCUGCUGAACCCGACGACUACAACCAUGCUCUCAGCGAGUUCAACAAACUUCGAAAUUUGAUGAUAAAUAAAUCUGUAGACAAACACGAAUCAGCGUUAGAAGUGCUGUACCGGUACUAUGACCAAGUUGCUGCUAUUGAGAGCAAGCUCCCUAUCACAGAAAACCAGAUCCGUGUGCAGUUCAAAUGGAGAGAUGCCUUUGAUGAAGGAGGCUUCCUGGCUGGGAAAAGAACACUUGCUAUUGCCUCUGGGUUGUAUGAGAAGGUCUGCAUGUUGUUCAACAUUGCUGCUCUCCAAACACAAAUUGCUUCAGUACAGAAUCAGGACAGUGACGAUGGACUUAAAACCUGUGCCAAACUAUUUCAGCAAUCAAGUGGAAUAUUUGCCCACAUGAAGGACAUUGUGUUGUCACAUGUGCAGCAAGACCCGACCCCUGACCUUAACCCCGACACUCUGGGAGCACUCAGUGCUCUCAUGUUAGCCCAGGCUCAAGAGGCUAUAUACAGGAAAGCUACAUCAGAUAAAAUGAAGGAUGCUAUGGUGGCCAAGCUGGCGUACCAGUGCUCUGAGCUGUAUGCGGAUACCAUGAAGUUGAUGCAGCUUCACUCCAUCAAAGAGUUGUGGCCCAAGGAGUGGAUCCAGUGUGUAGUGAUGAAGCAGGCAGCCUUCCAUGGCAUGGCAGAGUUCUACCAGAGCAAUGUGGCCAAAGCAAACAAGAGUUAUGGAGAACAAAUUGCCAGGCUAAAGCAUGCCCAGGAGCUGUUGAAUGCUGCUCAGACUCGCGGCGGCCAGACAUUCUGCUUCAGAAAUGAGCAGGGGAAGGUGCAGCGAGAAAUGGAGGAGGCUGUGAAGGACAACAACUUCAUCUACCACGACAAAGUGCCCGACGUGAAGACUCUCCCUAUCAUUGGCAAGGCUGCUGUGGCCAAACCCUCACCUGUUGCACAGAGAUUCUCCACCAACUUCACAGACCUCUUUGAGAAAUUAGUGCCUUUAGCUGUACAUGAUGCCAUGACAGCAUUUGAGAACAGAAAGGCCCAGAUUGUCAACAUGGAGAUCGGGAGGUUGCGAGAAGCUACAAAUCUCAUGAAUGGUGUGCUGACAUCCCUCAACCUGCCUGCAUCCAUCGAGGACCUGGCUGGUGAGAAAGUCCCUCAGUCCCUAACAGAGAAAGCCCAACAGAUGCAGGACCAGGGUGGUGCUUCAUACAUCUCCAAGCUCAUGAAUGAGCUGCCAGCCCUUCUUACCCGUAAUAGGGAGAUCCUUGACGCUACUAUAGCUGAGUUGGACAGUGAGGAAAAGUCUGACACUCAGCUUCGAGAACAGUUCAAAGAGAAGUGGACUCGAACAAACUCAGCCCAACUGACAAAACCUAUGCGAGAAGAGGCCACAAAGUACAGCACUAUACUGUCCACAGCCACCCAGGCAGAUGCUGUUGUCCGGGACAAGUUUGACAAACACAAGGAAGGCAUCUUGUUGCUCUCCAAGCCUCUGGCAGAGCUUGAGGCCUCCCUCCCAGCAGGCAGUGGUGGCAGUGGCUUACAAACCAGCCCUCCGGUGAAGGAGCUACGGUCACUCAUGCAGCAGGUGGAGACAAUCAAAGCUGAGAGAGAAGCCAUUGAAAGCAGCAUCAAGGAUGCCAGCUUUGACAUAGUGUCGUCCUUCAUGUCGGCCCUGGCUAGUGAUGGUCUGGUGAAUGAAGAGAAUAUCUCAGUAGCGGAACUUGACCGUGUGUACGGCCCACUGCGGGAACAGGUGUCAGACAGCAUCCACAGACAGGAGAACCUGCAGGCUAGGAUACAGAACGCCAACACAGACUUCAGCAAUGCCCGGUCCUCCAACCAGUCAGCUGCUGCCAGGGAAGCCAAACUGAAGGAGCUCCAGGCUGCAUACAACAUAUACACUGAACUCAAGGGUAACCUGGAGGAGGGAACCAAGUUCUACAAUGACCUGACUCCACUGCUAGUCAAGUUACAGUCCAGAGUGAUGGACUUCUGCUUCGCCAGGAAGACAGAGAAGGAAGAGUUGAUGCAAGAUGUCCAGAAGCAGAUCGCCAACACCAAGUCCCAACCUGCCCCGCCCACCCCCACAUACCAGGGAGGGCCUGGUCAGUCAGCGCCCCCUGCAGCUCCUGCUUCCAGCAGUUCAGGGGCUAACCGUGUCGCCCCACCCCGCCCCCCUCCUCCGACAACAUCGGGGAUAGGGCAGUCUGGCGUGCCAACAGCUCCUCCUGGUCCCGCCGCUGCAGCGGGGUCAGCACCUCCUCCAGCAGGUGCCCCUCCUGGCACCGCCCCACAUCAGACCCCCUACCCCGCCCAAGGUUACCAGCAGCCCCCAACCCAGAACUAUGCAGGGUACGGUGGAGCCCCUCCUCCCCAAGCAGGACAACCCCAGGGCUGGCAGGCCCCCUACCCUCAAUACCAGCCUCCAAUCGCCAUGCCUGGUUCCUACAACCCAUACAACCCAUACAUGGGCUACCCUCAACAGCCAACCUAUGGACAGGGAUACCCCCAAGCCCCUCAGUACCCUGGGCAGCAGCCACCUGCUGGGUAUGGGGCACAGCCUCCCCAAGGCCAGUACCCUGGAUACCCCCAGCAGGGAUACCCGCAACAGGGCUACCCACCACCUGCCCAACAGUGGCGCUAAGCAUGAUGGGACAUGGCUAGGGGAGAGAACUCUUUUCCGAGUGACAGUUGUGGACAGACCUGUGAUUGUCUUGGCACUUAAUACACAAACAUUUGUUGUGAUCUUUAUCAAAAGUUGGAGAAAAUGUGUUUUAUACUCUGUCAUUGUUGCUUGAAGGUACAUUUGGAAUAAACCUCAUGUACAGCUGUUAAAUAGUAGAUAGUUUAUUUUCAUAAUCUGAAAAUAAAGUGAUCGGAUUAGAGUAAUAUUGAAAGUAAAUCAAUAUUAUGAAAUGAGUAAGAGCUGAUAAUCAUUGUCUUUUCUCAAUUAUUCUCAAUUUAUGCUGUAUUACACUCUCCUUGUCUUGUUUGAAUUAUCUCCCUUUACCACAAUGAAGACACAAGUUAGCAAUAACUUCUGUUAACACUGAAGACUAGUCCAGAGCAUCAGUUGACAGUAUAUAAUCAAUGUCCAGAAAACUCUUAGUAGUUUAAUAUUUUUCCCAUUAUUCAAUGUUCAUCCUCAGAUCUCAACAUCAAAUUUAGAGACAGACUCUUUUUAGUGUUUAAUACUUUUUUUGAAUAUUCAAAUGUUAUUGACAUAGUUUAAAAGUUUGUAUUUUCAGUGAAUGUGACUGAACUUCAUCUCAUCAUGCAGCAUAAUUUUUUAAUCACCCAGAAUGAAUGUAUAUUUUUGUGCUUUGACUACACUUUAACAAUAGCAUGUUGACAUGGGAUAGCUGCUUUUGUUGUUUUACUUGUUUAAUUUUCAAUAGCUUGUCACUGUUUAAUAUAGGCAUGUAUACACUGUCUUUCAUGCCGCAGUAUCAUGAAUUCUUUGGACAACAUUGUGGUUGAUUGGUGUGAUUUUAAAGACACCAAGUCAACUUUUCCUCCAUAAAACAGUUUAGAUUACCGGUAUGUACUUAUUGUGCUCUGAUUACAAGUGCUGCUGGCUUUGUGUUGCUUGUUGUUCUGGUGAAGACUUCAUGCGAGCAGAACCGUUGAUAAUGGACUCUGUACAAGCAUCAGUAUCUUUUUCUUCUCAUUUGAGGAACUGAAUUGUUUAGUGAUGUAAGAGAAUGGUACAUACACCGUCCUACAAUGAUAAAUAAAAUCAGCUGCUGGAAGCAACAGGUGGUUCGGUUUGGGAAAUAAUAAUCCAUUGUUACAGCAUAAAGUUUUUAAUUCAAUAAUUAUCAUCACUACCGUCCCCAAAACAGUAAUGAAAGUUUUGCCUACAGAAUUUCAGUUUCCUUCAACUGUUAGAACUAUGUUUUGUUAUUUCCAAGUUUAAGGAUUAACUUUGUUUUGUAAGUAUGUACAGAGAUGAUGUGUACGUUGGAAGAAGAAGACAUUCUGCAAAGCUGCAAUCAAAGUAUGGAUUUAGAAGCUAAAGUGUCUGAAGACCGAGUCAGCUUAUGGAUUUUAACUUUUUAUUUCAACACAACAUUUCACUAUGCAGGUGGAAGUACCUGUUUGAGCAACUGACAUUUUGCAUCAUGAAGGUAUUUGCACCUGUACCAAAGACAUACAUAUAAUUUACAUGUAUAACGUCUUUAUCUGUACUCAAAUGUAGCAUUGAAACAAUGAAGGAGAAAUCCAAAUCAACUCCGUCAAUAUCAGCUGAUAAGUAACAAUUCCGAUCACCCCUUCAUCAGCUAUGGUUGUUAAGAGUUUUGAUUUGCUUAUCGUCCAGUCUCCCACUUAUAUUUUCUGUGAUGCAACUAUGUGCUCUUAUGCAAACCGUGUGAUGUUACAAUAAAACUCUUCAAUCAUGUCUGUAUAUAUUGGCACACACUAGCCUGUACAUUUCCUAUUGCCUGUAAGUAGGGCAGGGCUAAGCUCUGCCCACUCUGCUAAGCUGAUAUCAGUUUAUGUUGUCAUUUUGUACAUAUAGGAAGUCUAUCAGCAAGACAGGUUUCUAUUAAAUAAUUCAUACAACACAA